AUGGGCAUCCAUGCUGUUAGCGUCAUGCUAGAGGCUCUCAAUAGAGAUGCCCAACAUGCUACUGUCGCCAAGUUCAUUCAAAAUGAACUUGACGCAGAACGCGAGAAAGUAGCCUUGAUUCACCAACAAGGUUCUCAACAAGCAGAGUUGUUGAGAGAACAGGGUGCUCAACUGUUUGAUCUGUUGAGACAGCAGCAGGCUGCUGCUGGUGAGUCGAUGCACUCGCGUCGACUUGAGACCUUGAAGAUUGACAUCUCCAAGUAUAGGGGAGUUGAAGAGGACUCCCUCUUGAGAUGGUUCGUCGAAUUGGAUGACGCCAUAAGGGCGCGUCGCAUCGACGACGGGGAUAUGCAAGUUGCAUUUGCCCAGUCAAAUCUGGCAGGACGUGCCAAGACUUGGGCACUGGGCCUCAAUUGCACGACCCAUAUGCGUUUGGGUCGUUGGAAGUCUUCAAGUCGCGGCUCAGACAAACGUUUGAACCGCCUAGAGCUGAGUUCAGAGCUCGAACUGAACUCUUGA